GUUUGACUAUUGUAUUGACUUUUUUUGUGGUCGGCGGAUGGUCGGGAAAAUUACGAAGUUACGAAAUUACGUAGAGUGCUAUUUAUUAAACAAAAAAUUCCUAUAAGUUUCUGGGUUGAAUUUGUCUACCUAUUAGGUACAUACUUAUUUGAAAAUGGCGAAACCUAAAACCGAAGAUUCUUCGGAAGACGCCAAGAAGAUUGUAGAUGAUGCCAAAAAUUUUAUUGAAAAAGCUAUUUCUGAUAUAGGAAAAACUUCAGCUACUAAGCAACUAAUAUUGGGUACUGCCUCGGGAUGGAUAACAGGCUUUUUGACAAUGAAAAUUGGAAAAGUGGCUGCUGUUGGCAUUGGCGGUGGAGUGAUACUUCUGCACAUAGCUAGCCAAAAAGGUUACAUUGAUAUCAACUGGGAUAAGAUUAAUAAGAAAGUUGACAAAAUUACUGACAAAAUUGAGAAGGAAACUACAGGAAAAUCUCCUGCUUGGAUUGAAAAAGUUGAAAGAUUUGUGGAUCGUAAAUUGGAUAAAGCUGAGGAUUUGUUUAAGAAAAAAGAAGUCAAAGCGAAACGUUGGUAUAACAACUUCACUGGAGAUGAUCACUACCGAGCAACUGAAACUCACGUUUUUUUAGCGUCUUUUAUGGCGGGAAUGGCUAUUGGUCUUGUUUGCGGCAAAUAGACAAUUAGACAUCUUCCUUGAGAUCAACCCUAGGAGAUAGGGAAAAAAGGUUUCCUCUGGAGCCAGUUAAAGUGAAUGAAUGGAUUUUAAUGAUUACUCUUGUAAGCAUUAGAAAGUCACCGGAUAAUAGGUACGUACAGGAAACAGCAUGCCAAGUUACCCAAAUUUGUCUUUAUUAUCACCGCAUAGAGCUCCAUGAAGUGUUAGAUACUUACUUGACGUGCGGUUAACCGUUCUGAUAUUAUUAUAGGUUCUGUAAAUGAAUAAGCUGCCCACAACUUACAAGAGACAGGAUAGAUUAAUGUCAAUAUUUGUAAGAUUAGUUUCGUAAACGGAGCUUUGGUUCCGAAAGUCGCGCGCACUAAAAUGGGAUUAUUUAAUGUCAUUCACUUUAACAUGAUUCCUAAUUUUUAUUCCAUACUUUAAAACUAAUUACCAUGUUUUGUAUACCUAUGUUAGUUACUUAAACAUCGCUUAACUUACUAAACUAGAAGUAGAAAGUACUGAUGUCCUGCGCAUUUAGUCAGAGUUCAAUAAAUUAGGCUAACGAAUUAGUAUGGAAGACGAGAUAUUUUCUGCUUAUAUUAUAAUCCUAUUAUUUAGCAUCUGCGUAUUGUUUUUAUUGUAACAAUACGCAGAUGCUAAAAGUCAUUCAAAUUUUCACGAAAGUUAAUUUAAAAAAUAUAGCAAUGGAAAAUAAUAUAUAAUGACGCGGGGGCAAGCAUAGAUUAUAGAAAAUUGGAAGUAAGGGCCGCUAGGGCCCUGCCUUUGGAGUUGAAUAGUGUAUUUGAACUGUCCACCAGGUGAAAAGAAUAACUGUGAGCCGAAUUGUAUUUAUUUAAUACUCACAAUUUGAUAUUGCAUUAUAUUAAAACGUCCUAAUUGCCUAUUGCAAUGCGAAACAGCACAGUAUAACACGCACUAUCCUCAUUGCAAUAGGGAUGCGAAAAGAAGAACAGAUUUUAGCGUUCCAUUCUCAUCAUUCAGUCAUUUUUAUUUUGUUUGGAAUGUUUGAAAUUAACACAGAAGGUAAAAUUUCAUUCUAACCAUUUCACAUAAGUACAAGUACUUACAACUUUAAUAUUUACCCCGAUAUACCUACCUGCGAAGAAAUGUAGUGCUCUCAGAGCGCGCCAUUUAAACCUGCGAGAAUAAGCCCAAUGCGCCUAAAAAAUUAUGUAUCGAGGCGACGACUAUAGGUAGAACUGUAAAAAAGGACAAUUUCGAAUAAACUUAAGAAGUUUUGUUUUUUUACUGCAAGUAUUUAUUUAGCAGUCGGUUUGCAGUGUCUUAAUUAAUGAAUCAUUUUACGCUAAAUUCUAAGAGUAUUAAUGUAAAGUAGAAUAUGUUUUAUUAUCCUUGUUACUUAAGCAUAUUGUAUUGUUAUAAAAAUAAAAUUAUAACUAUCUUCGUAUGGUUUAUUUGUUAGA